UAGUUACUCAAACUCCAAACCGUACACACACAUAUUACCUCCAUACCAGUUUUUUUUUUAUUUAUUUAUCGUUUUUGUACAUUUCGGUAAAUAUAUUUUACAUAAAUAUCAUAUACUAACGCUCCGCUGUCGCAGUGUAAUACUUGUUGUACACCGCGGCGACCAUUCGUACAACUCCACUCGUCGCCGUUUGCACCGUCACGAACGACGACCCAUAUCACAACUACCUGUUGGACCUAUACACAUCAUAAUAUAAUAUUUAUUAUAUUUUCCAACGUCCCGAUUCCGGCUGGUUUCGUUGCAUAUUUUCCCCGCCGAACGCAAAUAAAAAAACAUAUACAAAAUGGUUUCCGUACAAAGGGUGUUGAUCGUCCUGUGCAUCGUCGUGUGUCACCUAAUGGUCGCGUCAGCUCAAUUCAACUUUGGCGAUUUCCUGUCCAACGUCGAACAGUCUAGUAAUCGAGAUCCCAGAGAAAACCGAGGUCCAGUUCUGUUCCCAGCAACACAACCCGGUUCUGAGACCAGCGGCGUGGUAGUAGGAGCUUCGGGAUUCGGAUUCGUACCGCCUGGUGGCAACAAACAACCACCACAGGGCCAGAACAUUUUCAGCUUCUGGUGAUGAUGACGAGAUCCGAUAACGAAACACACUGCAAGUAGAUUGAAUUUCCUACGCGUUUCACCCGGUAAUGGAUAGCAAAUAUAUACUUGUCAAUGCGAGAUCUCUACAAAUAAUAUAAUAACACAAAUUAAGAAUAAUAAUAUACUAUACGCACAUUACAUUAUAUCUGUACAAAUCGAUUAUAUUAUGUUAUAUACUCACGUUUUGAAUAUCACAUCGACAAAUUCAUAAAUAAUACAUAUAGGUAUACAAAUAAUAUAUAUAAUAAAAUAUACCUAUAUGUAUACGUAUAUACAUGCGUAGCAAUAAUAUCGUGCGCACGAUUGUAUAUAUAUAUAAUGCCUUGUAAACGUAUUAUCUGAAUUUGUACAGAUAUGAGUAUAUAUAGGUAUACUCUAGAGUUUUCUUAAUUUAUUUUAUUACAUAUUGUACAUAAUUUUCAAGUCUCUUAUGUCUAAUAAUUUAUUUUAUAGCGAAUAUAUUACAACCGUCUUAGGCUAGUUACCAAUUAUUAUUAAACAUAUACUGAUAUAUAUUAUUUACCUAUAUAUAUAUAUAUAUAUAUAGAUUUACCAUAUUAUUAUAUUCUUUAAAGGUAUUGUAAUUUUAAGAAUAAAGCAUUAUGUAUUUGUGGUUACCGUAUUUAUAACGCGCGUAUCCGACUAGUAUACCUUACCUAUACACCGAACAAUUUUGAUGUAUGCAUACAACGAAAAUAUUGUAAAACAACGAAACAUGAUUUUAUUGCAAUAAAGUUACUACUAUAUAUUAUUA